AGAUCUCGCAGAGCUCAGAGUCAUGCAAGCCUCAGUCCUCGCCUCGCUCCUCCUCGCGGAGGAUUCUGGGAGGUGACGUCGCGGGUCUCGGUCGCGGGGCCCGUUUGCAGAGCCCGCGGCGCCGGGAGGACUUUGUUCCUCUUCAGAAGAGAAAACUGAAGAAGGAGGAAUGGCUGUGGGGCUUUGUAAAGCCAUGUCCCAGGGGUUAGUGACCUUCAGAGAUGUGGCGCUAGACUUUUCCCAAGAAGAGUGGGAAUGGCUGAAGCCAUCUCAGAAGGAUUUAUACAGAGAUGUCAUGUUGGAGAACUACAGGAACUUGGUAUGGCUUGGACUCUCCAUUUCUAAGCCCAACAUGAUCUCCUUACUGGAGCAAGGGAAGGAACCGUGGAUGGUGGAGAGAAAGAUGUCACAGGGUCACUGUGCAGACUGGGAGUCUUGGUGUAAAAUUGAGGAAUUAUCUCCAAAAUGGUUUAUUGAUGAAGAUGAAAUAUCCCAGGAGAUGGUAAUGGAAAGGCUAGCAAGUCAUGGCCUUGAAUGCUCCAGUUUCAGAGAAGCCUGGAAAUAUAAGGGUGAAUUUGAGCUACAUCAGGGAAAUGCGGAGAGGCAUUUCAUGCAAGUGACAGCUGUUAAGGAAAUCGCUACUGGGAAAAGAGACAAUGAAUUUAGUAAUUCUGGGAGAAGCAUACCCCUGAAAUCAGUAUUUUUAACACAACAGAAAGUUCCUACCAUACAGCAAGUACAUAAAUUUGAUAUUUAUGAUAAACUCUUCCCCCAAAAUUCAGUCAUAAUUGAAUAUAAAAGACUCUGUGUUGAGAAGGAAUCUUUGAUAGGUAAUGAAUGUGAAGAAUUCAACCAGAGUAUGUACUUUAGUAAAGAUACAGGAAUUCCUCUUGGGGAGAAACCUUAUGAAAGUAAUGAUUUUUCAAAUCUCUUAAGUUUCCACUCAUUACUUACUCAACAUCAGACCACUCAUUUUGGAAAAUUACCCCAUGGAUACGAUGAAUGUGGUGAUGCCUUCGGCUGUUACUCAUUCUUUACUCAACCUCAGAGAAUUCACAGUGGAGAGAAACUAUAUGCAUGCAAUGACUGUGGAAAAGCCUUUAGCCACGACUUCUUUCUCAGUGAACAUCAAAGAACUCAUAUUGGGGAGAAACCUUAUGAAUGUAAGGAAUGUAACAAAGCCUUCAGACAGAGUGCUCACCUUGCUCAACAUCAAAGGAUCCACACUGGAGAGAAACCGUUUGCAUGCAAUGAAUGUGGGAAGGCCUUUAGCCGUUAUGCCUUCCUUGUUGAACAUCAGAGAAUUCACACAGGUGAGAAACCAUAUGAAUGUAAAGAAUGUAACAAAGCCUUCAGACAGAGUGCUCACCUUAAUCAACAUCAGAGGAUUCACACUGGAGAGAAACCCUACGAAUGUAAUCAGUGUGGAAAAGCCUUCAGCAGACGCAUAGCCCUUACUCUGCAUCAAAGAAUUCACACAGGAGAGAAACCCUUCAAAUGUAGUGAAUGUGGGAAGACCUUUGGCUAUCGCUCACACCUGAAUCAACAUCAGAGAAUUCAUACCGGAGAAAAACCCUAUGAAUGCAUCAAAUGUGGGAAGUUUUUUAGGACUGACUCACAACUUAAUCGACAUCAUAGAAUUCACACUGGAGAGAGACCAUUUGAAUGCAGUAAAUGUGGGAAAGCCUUCAGUGAUGCUUUAGUUCUAAUUCACCAUAAGAGAAGUCAUGCAGGAGAGAAACCCUAUGAAUGUAACAAAUGUGGAAAGGCCUUCAGUUGUGGCUCAUAUCUUAAUCAACAUCAAAGAAUUCAUACUGGAGAGAAACCCUAUGAAUGUAAUGAAUGUGGGAAGGCUUUUCAUCAGAUCUUGUCCCUAAGACUACACCAGAGAAUUCACACUGGAGAAAAACCUUAUAAAUGUAAUGAAUGUGGGAAUAAUUUUAGCUGUGUCUCAGCCCUUAGACGACAUCAGAGAAUUCAUAAUAGAGAAAUGCUCUGAUUAUAACAAGUAUAAGAGAGAAAACAUUUGGUUACCACUCAGUCCUUAUUGAAUAUUAGUGAGUUCUUUUUGGUUAGUAAUUAUUUGAAUGUAGUUCAUAUUUCAGUUCAUGAGUAUCCAUUAUUUAUAGCUCAGUAGUAGACAUUUGUUAGACUCUUUUUUUUUUUUUUUAAGACAGAAUCUCACUCUGUCACCCAGGCUGGAGUGCAGUGGUGCAAUCUUGGCUCACUGCAGCCUCUGCCUCCUGGGUUCAAGCAAUCCUCCUGCCUCAGCCUCCUGAGUAGCUGGGAUUACAGGUGCCUGCCACUAUGCCUGGCUAAUUUUUGUAUUUUUAGUGGAGACGGGGUUUCACCAUAUUGGUCAGGCUGGUCUCAAACUCCUGACUUUAGGUGAUCCACCCGCCUCAGACUCCCAAAGUGCUGGGAUUAUAGACGUGAGCCACCAUGCCCGGCCACAUCUGUUACUUUUCGAUCUGUUCUAUACCUGCUUACCCCACCCUCAAUGCAUAUGAUUCUGAUGAAACUGUUAAUCAGGGACAGCUGUGGAUUGGUCACAGGCUGGCCAAUUAUUUCCCCCAACCUAGUGAUAAGGGAUUGGCAAAUGGCCCUGUCUGGAUCAAUGAAGUCCUUUGUGGGUAUUCCUAUGGGUAGUAAGAGAGAUUUUAUUCUAGAAUUGCAAGUUUCAAGGAUUUAAUAAGUUUAAAAACUCACCAGUAGCCUUUUUGCCACUCAUGAGGAAAGCUUUCCCAAAGAGAAAUCUUUAGCAGAGGAAAAUGGUGAGAGACAGAAAUCUGAUGACAUUGUUUGAGCUCCUGGAUUCAGUCAUUCCUGACAGCUACACCAUCACCAUCCUUGUUCAUUUUUUGUGAUCCAAUAAAUUUCCUUUUUUUUUCUUUUUUUUUUUUUUUUUUUUGCUUAAUUUGUAUUAGAUUUUUGCCUCACGGAAUUAGAGUGCUGAUUCACACAUUCUGUGUUUGCUAUACGUAAGAGAAAACCUUAAUUUUUUACGUGGCAUAAUUAUUUAUCCUGAGGAGAAACCUUAUGAUAUAACAAGUUUAUGAAAGUUGAAUACACAGCCUUCAUAAAACUGAGAUAAUUGUUACAUUUUAUUUGUCGAUAAAAUUAUUUUAGUGUUUCUUAGUUUUUUUCACAUUAUGGAUGAAUAUUUUAAAAUUCAGUAAGUAAAAUUCUUUAACAGGCUCCCCCUUAAGGAGUUGAAAUCAUUUGUCACAGUGACUCACCAUUUGCCUGUAAAGAGAGAAUGGAAAGCUAAGGGAAUAAUGGUUUCAUUUGUUUAAUGAAUGGCUUUUCAUUUUCAAGGAAUUACUUAAUUUUCUUCUUUCAGUAUGUGGCUAAACAUAUUCUGUGGCAGAAUAUAAUAAAAUUAAAUUGUAAAUGAGAUCUUUUGUGGGUGGGCUGUAAAUUUGGUUUAAGGCAGGGUGUGAUGGCUCAUGCCUGUAAUCCCAGCACUUUGAGAGGCCAAGGCGGGCAGAUCACCUGAGGUCGGAAGUUUGAGACCAGCCUGACCAACAUGGAGAAACCCCGUCUCUACUAAAAAUACAAAAUUAGCUGGGUGUGGUGGUGUGUGCCUGUAAUCCCAGCUACUUGGGAGACUGAGGCAGGAGAAUCGCUUGAACCUGGGAAGUGGAGGUUACAGUGAGCGAAGAUCGCGUCAUUGUACUCCAGCCUGGGCAACAAAAGUGAAACUCCUUCUCAAAAAAUAAAUAAAUAAAUAAAUAAAUAAAUAAAUAGAUAAAUAAAUAAAUUUGGUUUAAGAAGUGUAUGGAUAACUUCUGCGGCUGGAGAUAUCAGACAAAGAUAUUGCUGGCAGAAAGAAUGAGUCAUUUUUAACAAAUAUGGUAAAAGUAAAGCAGUUAAUGCCUAAAAUUUUUAGAGACUAAAUCAUUUCCAUUAUUGGGAGUAAUGAGGAAGAUGAAGGUGUGGGGCAAUACAUUUCUUUUUUAUCUGAAUGGAUGUAGGUAAAUAAACUGGUGAUAUGGCAGCUGGGCCAUCUUGAAUAGUCAGAACCUGUAAGAAUAUUGGGUAUUGCCUGAAGAGCGUCUAUAAAAACAUAUCAGAACAAAUGAAAGAGGAAAGAAUGAAGGAUUUAUAUGUGUGCAUAGAGUGAAUAUAUGUGUGCAUAGAGUGAAUAUAUGUGUGCAUAGAGUGAAAUGUUCAAUUUAUACUUAUUUCUAAUAAAAUCUGAAAAUUAUUUUUCAUAAAUAUUCAAAUUCCCUUUAAACAGCUUAAAAUACAGAUUUAGUGACUCAAUACUUCAAACCUUGAAUAGAAACAAAUAUGAUUAUAAAAUAUUUCCAAACUUAUGUUACAUCUAAUCUGAAAUAUAUUAAUAUUGUAAGCUUAAUUCGUGUCAUCAUUUCUUUAUUUUUUAUUAUAUUUCCUGGAGGUAUAAGGAUAUUUAUUUUUAUAAUUUCCAAGCGCUGAGUAAUAAUUUAUUUCAGAAAGUUUCAGAAGGUUACAGUAAACUUACCAAAGUUGAAGAAGAAAAAUGACUCAGAUCAGUAAGAAGAGUCUGAGUUACUCACUAAUUUAUUUAUUUUAUUUUAUUUUAUUUUAUUUUAUUUUAUUUUAUUUUAUUUUUUGAGACAGGGUCUCACUCUGUUAUCCAGGCUGGAAUGCGGUGACACAAUCAUGGCUCACUGCAGCCUCCACUUCCCAGGCUCAAGCGACCCUCCCACCUCAGCCUCCUGAGUAGCUGGGACUACGGGUGUGCUCUACCACACCGGGCUAAGUUUUGCAUUUUUUUGUAGAGAUGGGGUUUCGCGAGUUGCCCAGGCUGGUCUUGAACUCUUGGCCUGAAGUGAUUUGCCCAUCUCGGCCUCCCAAAAUGCUGAGAUUAUGGGGAUGAGCCACUGUGCACAGCUACUAAUCGAUUUUUGAUCUAAGUAUGGCACCUGAUUUCAUCCUCGAGAGUGACGUAAACCUAAGCUACUGGUUCAUUCUCUGUUUAUAUAGUUAAACUUCACUUGUAAUGUUGAUAAAAUGUUUUGUACCCAUGUGUUUAGCUUAAGUGUUUGUAUUUUACAAUCUGAUGUUUCUCCUCACAAUGAAAUACUAAAUUUUGUUUCUUUUCAACUGUACAACCCAUUGUCUUGUGAUAUAUUGACCUGAUCUCUUAGGAUUAGUGAAAAUUUAUGCUUUAUUAAUAUUUGAUUGUUAUUAGGACCAUCUAGAGAUUUAUGUUUAUGUGUGUGUAUGUGCAUCUGAAGAUGUGUAUUUUAUUUAAAUUUUUUGUAUUAAGUGCCUACUGUGUGCCAGGCUUUGUUCUAAUCUAAGCAAUGGAGAUACAGCAGUGAACCAGACAAAAAUUCCUGCCUUCAGAGAGCUAAUUUCUAAUGAGGAAGACUGAAAAAGAUAUGUAAGUAAAAUAUAUAAUAUGUAAGAAAGUAAAUUCCAAGGAGAAAAAGAUGAAGGAAGGGAUGGGGAUCCAGGGAAGGCCCCUUCUGAAAUUAACUUUUGAGUGAAGACCUAAGAGAGAGAUAUCUAUCUGUCUGUCUGUCUGUCUGUCUAUCUAUCUAUCUAUCUGUCAUCUAUCUAUCUAUCUAUCUACCUACCUACCUACCUACCUACUCAUCCAUCCAUCUAUCCAAACUACAUAUAUAUAACCACCUAUAGACACAUUUAUAUGCCUUUAUAGCUAAUAGGAAGGAAAUCUUUAGUGGUAUAUAUACAUUUACACUUUACUAAUUCUCAUUUUAUCAUAUCUACAUAUUUGUGUGUUACAUUUUAACACUUGACUCAGAUGAAUUUAUGGCCUUUUACAAUCUGAACAAAUUUCACUUAAUUAUAGUGUAUUUAAUGUUGGUACUUAAUUGUCAGAAUUUAGCCACUGGGGAUUACUUUAAGAAAACUCCUUGCUCCCUCCAGUACAUGAAUUUUGGACAAAAUUGCUGCCAUUAUGAUUGAGCCCGUUUUAGAGAUCGCUGGGGAAAAAAAUGUUUCCUUUUUAGAUCAUGGUUUCAUGCUGAUUUCUGGUUCUGUCUCAAUAUACUUUGUUAUACCCUACUAAGAUUUUCAACUUUAUUCACAAAACUCGAGACAGGGAGGUAAUAGAUUGGAUGAUGGAGAAAAGUAGAUUGCUGGAAGCCAUGAGGUGGCGAUACUUCACUAACAGAGGAAUAAGUCACCUUCCUGGACAGCUUUCUUAGGCAUUUACACAGUAAUUCCUCACAUAUUCUUUGAGAAAGAGUAGGGAAAGUAUCAGCUCUUUGGAUAUUGCGACAAGUAUGGACUUUGGAGUUAGACCUACAUAUGGAUGUCAACUCUUUGUCAGGAGAGCUUGAAUAAGUGAUUCAGGCUCAGUUUAGUCAUCUGUAACACUGGAAUAAUAUUCUAGCCUUUUGAUUUUUUGUGAGGAUUAAUUGAAAGAAUGUAAUUUGUAAACAGUUAACAGUGGGGUUAUUAUUAAUGAUAAAAUCAAUCACAAGGAGUUGGACUGUGUCCCUGAAAGCCAGCUACUCAUGGGGGACGGAAUUGUGAAUUCAACCCACGUCCUUCCUCUAUGUACAUGGGUUGAGUCCCAAACAGCAGUGGCCCCAGCCCAUCUUUCUGAUCCUGGAGUGGCAGCUGCAGCUCCAGAGUCUCCCAGAGCCCCCUCUGUUUGGAUAUAUAUAUAUAUAUAUAUUUUUUUUUUUUUUCGAGACGGAAUUUUGCUCUUGUUGCCCAGGCUGGAGUGCAAUGGCACAAUCUCAGCUCACUGCAACCUCCCCCUCCUGGGUUCAAGCGAUUCUCCUGCCUCAGCCUCCCGAGUAGCUGGGAUUACAGGCACCUGCUACCAUGCAAGGCAAAUUUUUUGUCUGUGUGUUUUUAGUAGAGACAAGUUUUCGCCAUGUUGGCCAGGCUGGUCUUGAACUCCUGACCUCGGGUGAUCCGCCCGCCUUGGCCUCCCAAAGUGCUGGGAUUAUAGGCGUGAGCCACCACGCCUGGCCUUGAUAUUUGAGACUGUUAGGACUCUGACUUUUUUUUUUUUUUGAGUCAGAGUCUCACUGUGUCUCCCAGGCUAGAGUGCAGUGGUGCGAUCUCGGCUCACUGCAAUCUCCACCUCCUGGGUUCAAGCAUUCUCCUGCCUCAGCCUCCCGAGUAGCUGGGAUUACAGUCACCUGCCACCAUGCCCGGCUAAUUUUUAUAUUUUUAGCAGAGAUGGGGUUUCACUAUGUUGUCCAGGUUGGUCUCAAACUCCUGACCUCAGGUGAUCCACCCGCCUCAGCCUCCCAAAGGACUGGGAUUACAGGCACCCGGCCAGGAUGCUGACUUUUAUUAACAGAGGCCAGGAAAAGAAAAAGAUAGGCAUAGCUCUUGGUUUUGUUUGUUUUUUUCAUUUUGCACUGAUUUUUUUUAGACUUCAUAGUACAUUAUCAGAAUAAUUUACUGUCACACCAGCUUCUUGAUUUGUUCCCCCCUCCAUCAUUCCCAAUUCCUAUUCUUCAUAGGCACACACAAAGGUAUGUUUGAUAUGCAUUCUUAAAUGAAUGUACAUUCCCAUGAUACGAAUGGUACUAUGCUACAAAUUCAUUUUUUUCUAGUGGGAACUGAUUUUUAGAUUUUUCAUGUUUCUGUGUGCACAGUGCUCUAAUGCUGUUCAUCCCUUCUAACAUUUGUGUGGUAAUUCAUUAUGUAUAUUUACAUGUUACUUAUCUGUUUCUGUAGUGAUGGAUACAACUCUUGGCUACCACAAAGAAUAGUCUUGCAGACUGGAACUAGAUUAGACUAUUUGCCUGGCAAUUGGCUAGUGGGAUAAAGAGUUUUUUGUACACUUAAAUGUUACCAGGAACAACUAGAUUGCUUUCUAGAAUGGCUGCAACUGUUUACAUUCUCGCCAGCAGCACCUCUUUCUAUAUCCUUGCAGACACUCAUUCUUGAAUGUGUUCGUUUGCAUUAUUAAGGGCUACUGGUGGGUUGGGCGCGGUGGCUCAAGCCUGUAAUCCCAGCACUUUGGGAGGCCGAGGCGGGCGGAUCACGAGGUCAGGAGAUCGAGACCAUGGUGAAACCCCGUCUCUACUAAAAAUACAAAAAAUUAGCCGGGCGUGGUGGCGGGCGCCUGUAGUCCCAGCUACUCGGAGAGGCUGAGGCAGGAGAAUGGCGUGAACCCGGGAGGCGGAGCUUGCAGUGAGCCGAGAUUGCGCCACUGCACUCCAGCCUGCGGGACAGAGAAAGUCUCCAUCUCAAAAAAAAAAAAAAAAAAGGGCUACUGGUGAAUUAGAGCACAUCUCCGUAUACUUGUCACUCGGACACUUUCUAUGAAGUGUUUAUUCUUACCCUGUUUAUCCCUUACCAAAUAAUUUAUCAACUCCAUUCAUAAAAGUUAAGAUUUAGUUGAAAAUCCGUCUGGCCUUUUUUUCCCUGAAGGAAUGUCUCUAUAGAAGGCUUCAAUUUAUUAGGUUUAUUCAAAUGUAUUCAUUUUGUUAGGUUAUCAACUUUUCUUACAAAUAGUCCUUUCUCAUAUUUUUAUUAUUUUAACUUCAUGUUUCUUAUUUGCAUCUUUUUCAUUUUCUUAUUUGAAUCUUUGCUCAUUUUUUGAAUAUCAGCCUUAACAGAGGUUUAUGUAACUUAUUGAUCAUUGAUCUUUUCAAAACCCUGUCUCAGU